AUGUGGAACGGGAGAAGACAGGAGCCAGAGAGGUUAAACUGCAAUGAGAGGAUAAACGGGAUGUCAGGCAAGGAAACAGGCAAGCAGAGCAGCUCUAUGCGUAUCUUUGGAUCAUCGGAGGGCGUUUACUGGGUCUCUUCUCACUGGGGCUCCUCUGUCCAUACGCCAACUGCCACAGGGGGCUUGGCUGGUCUGCUCUCUGGGCUGGUUAUGUCUCGUGUGGGUGGGGRCUUUCUGUAUGGGGCUCUCUGUAUUGGAAUGGCUGGCAUAGCCUCACUAAUGGGAAGUCUGCUGCAGGCAGCUAUCAGUAUCUUUGGGAUCAUCGGAGGGCCUUUACUGGGUCUCUUCUCACUGGGGAUCCUCUGUCCAUACGCCAAUGCCACAGGGGGCUUGGCUGGUCUGCUCUCUGGGCUGGUUAUGUCUCUGUGGGUGGGGGUAGGGGCCCAGUUUUACCCUCUACCAGAGCAGAGCAGGCCUCUGGGUCUGACCACACAUGGCUGGAACUUCACAACCGCAGCCGAUGCGUUCAACUGGACCGCAUCCCCAACAGAACCAGGCCUAUACACUACAGUACUACAGCAAAAUACAGCAGAGAGGUACRUUGUGGGCUUCAGUAUCUUUGGUUAA